UGUUUCAAUAUCAAAAUGGCUCAUGCAAAAAGCAGAAGACGGAGCAAAUGGCUGAUAUGUCCUCUGACAGCACCAGGAGAACGGAGAAACUGGUACACACACACUAAUUAUGUAUUAACGUAUUAGUAAUUGUAUAUGAAUUAUAAUAACGAUUUGUCUAUGAUUUUAGUUAAAGAUCCUUAACCAUGCAUCUGUAUUUAGCAUUAACAUGUGUUUGCACGUGGUUUGCAAUUUUGUGUGCGUGCUACAGAGUUACCUGAAAGGUGACAUUACGAUCUUUCUGAAGAACUUACUCGAAAGCUACAGUGGCAUGGUGAACACACACACACACACAACUUGUAUAACAUGUUUGGCCACUAGAGCAUAUAUCUCUUUACACUUUUUUUGUGGCUGAUUGCAAAUGCAAACACACAAUGCAAAAUGUACUUGCAUACGUAUGCUUUCAGAUGGAGUUCCUCGGCAUCAGUCCUCUGUCCUUUAUUGAAGAUCUUGGACCCAAAGGGCCGUGAGUACCUGUGUGUGUGUGUGUGUGUGUGCGUGUUUGUGUAUUAGGGGGUGUCUAUAAGUAAGCAACAGGCUGAAUUCUUAGCUUUCUCAAAUCUCUCUCACAGGGAGGGAUUUAUUUUGGUGAACCCUUUCCGUCACUCACGUCAGAUGAUGGAAUGCUGGCUUGUGGUUAAGGACUCUUUUCUACUGUAUAUGUCCAGAGAUCAUAAGGUCCUGCACGUCAUGCUUUUUGACCCGGAGUUGAAUGUCCAGCUUGAGGAGGAGCAGACACAGGAUCUUUUGAGCGAAGACCGGAUCAACCCCGAAUUACAGAUUCUAGUGGAGGAGAAAAAGAUCAACCCUGAGCUUCACGUUUCUAUGGAAGCGAGGAGGAUGAACAAUGUACUGCAAGUUUUAGAAGAAAACUGUCCAGUCAUCAUGUGCAUCAAGAAUGCCAGCAGUGAACUGACCAUUAAAUGUAGUAGUUACAGGCAGGCCCGAUGGUGGAAGGAGGAGAUACAGCGUCUGUCUCUAGAUUGUGAUUUUUUCAAGACUCGCCACCUUGGCUGCUUCGCCCCUCCUAGACCCAACUCGGAUACCAAAUGGUACGUGAACGGGAGUGGGUAUUUUGCGGACCUGGCGGAUGCGUUGGAGAACGCAAAGGAGGAGAUCUUCAUCACUGAUUGGUGGUUAAGUCCCGAAAUUUUCCUCAAGGAGCGUCCAGCACAGAAUAACCAAUGGCGUCUUGAACAGAUCCUCAAACGCAAGGCCGAGGCAGGUGUAAAGGUUUAUCUACUGUUGUACAAAGAGGUUCCAUUUACCGUCAGCACUGACAGCAAGUACAGUAAGAGAACCUUGAUGGACCUGCACAAUAACAUCAAGGUUAUGCGUUAUCCCAACCAUGUGACCUCCAGAGUCUUCCUGUGGUCCCACCAUGAAAAGUUGGUGGCUAUCGAUCAAUCAAUGGCCUUCAUGGGCGGGCUGGACCUUGCUUUCGGCAGAUGGGACGACAGUAAUUACAGGCUAACUGACGUCUUAGUAUCGGGCACAGAUAUUCAGGGUGCAUGUUCAGUUCCAAAGACUAAAAGGAAGGCUGUCGCUGGCGGAGCGGAUAAUCAAAACACACUGUUGUGGUUAGGAAAGGACUACAACAACUUCUUCAUGAAGGACUGGACACAGAUGGACAAACCUUUUGAAGAUAUCGUGGACCGGACGGUGGUGCCGCGCAUCCCGUGGCGUGACCUCGGAGCCAUGGUCCAUGGGAAGGCAGCCAGGGACCUCUCGCGCCACUUUAUUCAGCGCUGGAAUUUCACUAAGAACUCUAAGAUGAAGUCUAAAGCCACAAUUUACCCUUAUCUGCUGCCGAAGAGUCACAAUACUGCUGCUUUCUCCGAUUCCGAUAAGCCUUCCGGCGAGCCUGGAAAGGUCGAAGCAACUGUGCAGGUAUACACAGACAGACACCCACACACAGACAGACACACGAGACUGGAUACGUGUGCUUUUCCAUUUGCUUUGCAGUCAUCUAAAUUUAACGCUUUUGUGUGUGUGUGUGUGUGUGUGUGUAGGAAGGGGCAGAAGUACAGAGUGUUUCUGGUGAUUCCUCUACUGCCUGGGGUCAAGGGAGACAUCAGUAAGGGAGGAAGCACCAACAUGUGCGCAAUAAUGCAUUAUACGUACAGUACGAUUAAUCGUGGAGAAGGCUCCAUUAUAAAGCGACUUGAGAAAAAGAUGGAGGAUAAAUGGACGCAGUACUUCUCAGUGUGUAGCCUGCGCACACACUCUGAGCUCAACGGCAAACCCAUCUCUGAACUCGUGUACGUCCACAGCAAAUUGCUGAUUGCUGACGACCUCUGCUACAUCAUAGGUUCGGCAAACAUCAAUGAUAGAAGCAUGAUGGGAGAUCGGGACAGUGAGCUGGCCGUGCUGGUGGUGGACAAUGCGAAGGUUCAGUCCCGAAUGAAUGAAGGAGAGUAUAAUGCUGGAUCUCUCACACUCGCUUUGCGGAAGGAGUGCUUCAGGGUCCUGCUGGGAUCUGAUUCCAACCCCACAAUAAAUAUUGAUGACCCAGUCAGCGAUAAUUUUUUCAACGAGGUGUGGAACAAAACUGCCCAUGAAAAUACCUCCACCUAUGAAAGAGUGAGUACGAGGCACACGUAUGCGGCCUCGCUGACGACGUGA